GGCAGUUGAGAGAGGGAGGAUACUUCCUCUCAUAGUGACAUUUGUCUUCUCAGAAGACUUACACUGACUGAGUAAAGACUUUCACCAGAUAAUUCCAUAGUCAGUUUGAAUUCUGCAAAAUUUCCCUUUAUCUGCUGGAAAUUAUAUACUCUGCACUUGGAGUAGCUCAGACUUGAAGAUGUCCUCGUAUAAAUGUCAAGAGAAAGGAGCACUGCAAAGUCAUGACUGUGUCUUGAUUUACAAACCGGAGACAGAGGGAGAUGAAAACCACAGUUCAGACAGUAGCCUAAUCGGAUUCACCAGCAAGAUGUUAAAAGUGAAGAGGCUGGAAGAAAUCAACACGUGCUAUAACAGCAACCAGCUGGAGAAAAUGACCCUUUUUCAGUGCAUGGAAAAGGUUGAAAAAGUGAAAUGUUUUCUGGAAGAAAAUUCUAGUGAACAGAAUUCAAGAAUUGGAAAGAACGAGGCAAAGGAGAAGGUGUGGUCAAACCCUGGCCUAAAGGAGAGAACACCUGUCAAAGGCGAAAGGACGUCAGCCCUCACAGAGAGAUCUUCUCAGAAGAACCAACUCUCCUCUGAGAAAGAAAAGGUUAAUAAAUUCAACAAGAAAAAUGAUGAGAAGACGAACGCCUCUCUAGUUCAGAGACGUUUUGCCAUAUUUCAUACAGAAAGACAAGAUGAGGUAGAAGAUUUUGCUCCAAGAAAUUCCACAGAGCCAAGAGAGGAUAUAGACGGAAGAGACAUUUCAUGCGCAAAGAGCCUCAACAGACAAGAAAAUCAUAGUCUUGGAGGUGAUAAGCAAACCACUGUGGAUAAAAAUGAAUGUCCAGUGUUCAGAGGAGAGAAAAGUGGGCCUCGUUUUAAGGAAGAUACUAGUGGAAGAGAAGCUGAGAAAAAAGGAAGAUUGGCAACCGCGAGUGAAACAGAGUUGGACCAGUGUUCAAACGAAAGGCAGUACUUUGGUAAAGUUAGUGGUGAUCAAUUCCAUGAAAGGUGUAUCACCGGCGUAAAGACCGUUCCUAUACCACGAAUUCCAGGAAAUUCAGCAGUAGGAUCUUUUUUCCAGAAUGCUGAACAAAGAGGGUACAUUGGCAGCAGUAAGCGUAGAGUGACAGAGGGGUGCUUCAUCAAUGAGGACAGCAAAAAGAGCAGAGCAGACGUAGUGGGUACAGGUGAAGAACACGCAUUCAAAAGGACAAAGCAAGACAGACGAGCCCAGAGGAGCUUACAGGGCAAACCCUGGGAGUCCGCUGGGAUGAAGACCUCCAGAAAGCAAGACCUGGUGACCCCACUGGAUGAUGUCCUGGCUCCUCCUGCCCCAUUUGAUCAUCGUAUUGUAACAGCCAAACAAGCAGCGGUCAACAGUUUUUAUACUGUGAGCAAAACAGAAAUUUUAGGAGGGGGGCGUUUUGGCCAGGUGCACAAGUGUGAAGAGAAAGGAACAGGCCUGAAGUUGGCAGCCAAGAUCAUUAAGACCAGAGGCACGAAGGACAAGGAGGAUGUGAGGAAUGAGAUUAGCGUCAUGAACCAGCUGGACCAUGCGAACCUCAUUCAGCUCUAUGAUGCCUUUGAGUCCAAGAAUGACAUCAUCCUGGUCAUGGAGUAUGUGGAUGGUGGGGAGCUGUUCGACCGCAUCAUUGAUGAAAACUACAGUUUGACCGAGUUUGACACCAUCCUGUUCAUCAAGCAGAUAUGUGAGGGGAUAAGGCACAUGCAUCAGAUGUACAUUCUGCAUUUGGACCUCAAGCCUGAGAAUAUCCUGUGUGUGAAUCGGGACACUAAACAAAUAAAAAUUAUUGAUUUCGGAUUGGCCAGAAGAUACAAACCCAGAGAGAAGCUGAAGGUGAACUUUGGAACCCCAGAAUUUCUUGCCCCUGAAGUUGUGAACUAUGAUUUUGUUUCCUUUCCUACUGACAUGUGGAGUGUGGGGGUCAUCGCAUAUAUGCUACUUAGCGGUUUGUCCCCUUUCCUGGGUGAUAAUGACGCGGAGACGCUGAACAACAUCCUAGCCUGCAGGUGGGACUUAGAGGAAGAAGAAUUUCAGGACAUCUCGGAGGAGGCCAGGGAGUUCAUUUCGAAGCUUCUGAUUAAGGAGAAGAGUUGGCGGAUAAGUGCGAGUGAAGCUCUCAAACACCCCUGGCUGUCAGACCACAGGCUCCACAGCAGGCUCGGUGCACAGAAGAAGAAUUGCGGCUCUAAUGCUCGGGACCUGGGGACCAAAUAGUCUACAGAAGACACCCAUUUGAAAGGAAAACUGCUGCGGUUGCUGCUGCUUUGAGAAGAUUUUUGAGAAAAUCAGCAGUUCUGAUGCCCUGACCCCUAGGAUGACUGUGGCAGGGGUAGCCCUCAGACUUGAACUUAGAGCGCCUCUGCCAUGCUCAGGGGACCCAAGUGUCGGGGUCCCCGAGGGCACAGACACAUCCCCACACCCCAUGGCAACACACGUGGGGAAGAUGUUUCCCUGCCACCUUGAGUUUCUUAUUUUUAUUUUUUGAUCUUAGUCACGGAGGCAAGGGGUGCAUUAUGUCUGCCAUUUCUCAGAUUACUAAAGCAAUCAUACUUGAGAUUUAUUUGAGAUUUUAAAACCUGGAGGAUGCAUUUAGAGGAAGAAAACUGCUUCCGGUCAUUAACCUAUGCCUUUCAAAUGGGUGAUCAUAUCGCCAGAACAAAUUCUAAGUCUGGUGCAACCUUGAACACUUAGUUUCUAAGACUUUAUCAUUUUAAUGUGAUCGGAAAUGAGGUGAAUUCAAUGGAUAAAUAAUUUGCUUGCUGGAACAUAAGCUUUCUUUGAAUUCUGAGGCAAGAGGCACCAGACAUUGUAUCUUCCAUUUAUUCUGAAUUGUCUCCCAAGCGCAUCAGUUUCUCCCAGUAGUUGACUCUUUCUUCACGUUAGUGACAUGCCUUUUCACAGUGCACUGCCUGCUCUCUUCUGAUUGACAGUUCAUCCCCAUGAAACUCAUGGUUCUGAGAGGCAGUGCCAAAGGUAUCUGUUUAUGGUUAGUCUUUAAAAUUGCAACUUUUGGGGAAACGUCAACAGUCACAAGAGCUUUGCUCAAGCCCCAAUUGUCAAUGAGAAGGGAUGGAUCUUUGCCUCCUUGGGAAGGACAGUGCUUGGCUUCCAGUUUGGAAAUGACUUGGUAGAAUAGCACUCAAGUUUCUGGGUAAACGCAAACAUUUUUGAAGAUCAACAGCCUCACCUGUGCAGAGUCCUCAGGUGACUUGGUGGUCAUGAAGAAGUGGCAGUCAGAAACCAAAGGUGAGGGGAGCUCUCUGCUCAGCUCACUUCUUGGACAUGAGGUUGACCAGUGGAGGCUUCUUUUUCCUGAGCUCGGGUGCCAUUUUAUGACAGGUAUUUGACAAGCUCUACUGUGGAUGGUGUGUGGGACAUUGGAAGGCACUGGGACAUUUAAAGAGCAAAGCACGUGUGUCAUUUCCUUAUGAAGAAGAGACCCUGCAAAGCCCCUGUCAUUCUCUGACACACUCCACACCUCGUGCCCCACUCAGUUUCGGAAGCGUUCCUCACAUUUUCCAUUUCCAAAUAACUGCUUGUUGAGAUCAGCUAGAAUACUGCAUUUAUUUUUAGCCAUAAGUCAUUCUAGGCGACUGUUGUCACGACAGCAGUGAAAGGUCAUAAGAAUAACUUGGUGGCCACAUCGGAGAGGGCAGAUUUAAUUUGCAUUGGCUUUUUUCCAUUAUCUCUCAUAUCCACUUAAUGAAUCCUUACAGCGUGGCCAAGAAUAAUCCUUGUAGCAUGCCCAAGAAUACAUGUGCAGCAUUCUUAUUCUCUUGUUUGAGGUACAGGGGAAGUAGAGAUAGAAGAAAUUGUGUAAUUUACUGAAGGCUUCAUGCCAGCUUCGUGGUCAUGCAGUCUAUAAAACUGGCUCUUUUCUAGCCUUUCUCUUACAUUAUGAUGCAUUUCUUUUUUCCUUUGGCCUAUGCAUUUAUCCAAGGUUGGUUUCUUAUGUUCCUGUUAUGUGACUGUGCUUAAAAUGUUUAAUUUAGUUCCCUUAAACUCUCUCUCUCUCUCUCACACACACACACACACACACACACACACACACACACACAUGCAUGCAAAACCCUGUGACUGAAGUGUUAUAUUACUGUGCUGUCUUUAGCUGACGCUAUUCAUUGAAUGUGGAAAAAUACAAGCCAGUGCGUGCAUUAAUACUCAGACCGCAGAGAGCUGGCCUCACUCAGAUGCUAAACAGGACACAAGGGUCUGAUUUGAAACCCUGCAUGGAAGGGCAUUUUCUGUGCUGUGGCGUGUAUUCUCUGAUGGCUGUUGCAGGAGGUCUUUUGCAUGACAUGCAGCUUGCAUCCAGCUUCCAUUCUGAUUCAUGUCGGCAGAUGAACUUUCUCCAGGCGCUGCCACCCAUGGAAGAGACAGCUUAGGCCAAACACAGGAAUGAUUUCUUUGCCAAAUUAGUCCACUGAUGACCCUACAGUUAGUGGGGGUUUUUUUUGGGUUUUUUUUUUUUUUUUUUUUGAGGUUUAGAAAUGAGAGUCUACUUUGAAAAUGGAUCUUGUUUGAAUAAGUUAAAUUUCCACAUUUGGGUGGGACGGCGUCCCACACCAGCGGGGUGAUUUUCCUAUGAGAGUGGAGAGGAGCUGGCAUUGCCGAGUUGAUGAUCACAGUCUGGAGUUGCGGGUGGGACGGGAGAUGCUCAGCCCGUGCUCAUCCCAUCCCCUCACUCCACACCCACGUGUGGCUGCUGCAGCAGAGACAGGAACUUGGUAGACUGCCAUUCUGAGGGGGAAAGGGGGCUUUGCAAAGCCCAGGAAUCAAACCAGAUGCAAGCGUGGGCUCAGAGAAGCUAUUGUGAUCAGUUUUUCCACGAAGCCAUGGAGACGUGAGAGACUGUUUCUCCUCUGCCCUCUUAGUGGAUGCUAGGGCUUCACUUACUCUCGCUAGGAAGUUCCCCGUUCCUUUAGCAAAUGGAGGAAAUGAGGCCUGGAUUUGGCUCUUCCCACUGCCUAGAGAGAAUGCACCUCACAGAGCCGUAAGGACAAAGCAUGCCCAUGCUCUCAUUAUUUGGAAGACACCAGCUCUGACCCAGAAUCUGUUGCUAUUGAAAAGCAGGGAGAAAAACGCUCAUGCCCCGACUCGUUACGUAAAGACUUUGGAAGGGAUUCUCACCUGAUCUAAAACGGGGAAAAGACUUGUAGGUUGAAAUUGGGUAACAUUCAUGUCUGUGGGGUACCGUGGGUUUGUUUUUAGUUGCUUUUUGUCUGACUUGAUAUUAAUCCACUUUCCUCAAAAAUGUAAAUAGGCAUGCUGCCAUCGGUCUGGCAUACUUUUGAAAGAUGUAUGAAUACUUACAUUUUCAUUCAUUUUACGGAAAUUAGAAUAGCAAUCGUUUUCUCAUUUUAGAAUCCAAGUAUGGAUUUGAAACUAGGGAAACGAGACUGCUGCUGUUUAUUUCAUUCCUUUUUCGUCCCUUCUGCUCCCUCGCCGUUCCCCAGCCACUCUGCCGGGGCUGCUGGUUUGCAUGCAUGGGCUCCUUCAGGGUGGGCUGCGGGUCGACUGAUGGACCUUGUUGGAAAAUCCAUCUGUAAACACGCGCGAGAGGAAGCAGCAGGGUCCCUCGAGGCUGUGUUCAUCAGACCCAGCUCAGCGCUCUGUCCCUGGCCGUCCUGUCAUCCCUGUGGGCUGCAGCAUCACCUGGGCUCCCCUUCUCCAUAUCUGUGACACUCCUACCUUACUUCUGCUCCCUCUUUUUUUUUACUUCUUUUUUUUUUUCUUAAGUGAGAAUCAAAGUCUGUCUUCUCAUCCAUUGCAAUGGUCUUCUAGAGCCUUUUUAGAUGAAAAUGUUAUUUCCAAAAGGCAAAUUGCAUUCUGACCUAAAGGAAAGUCGAUGCUGGACUUACUAGAUGUCUGGUUCCUGGAUUAAGAUGACUCCCUUGCACAGCUUGAAGUCUACCGUUUUCUCACAUUGGAAGUGCCCCUUUUUCUCUUCCUCCGCUUUAGCGAGGCGUGCUUCGUGUGCGUGGUCUUUCUGUGGGCAGCUUCACCUUCCGUGAAGGCGUGUAACUCAACUACUGCUACCACCCAAUCAAAAGAGCAGAAGACAUUCAACACCUAAGUGUGCAUGUGUUGACCUGUGGCUUUCACUGUCAUCCCAGCUGACAGAUGUCAGCAGGGCCUUCUGAUGAGGUUCAUGGAUGUAGAUAGGAAAUAAAAAUGGAUUCAUAAUAUGGUCAUUGCGUAUAUUAUGCAUAUUUGUUAUUUCUGAACAUAGUGUCAUUCAGCUGUGCUUCUUUGCCUUAUAAAGAUGUGUAACAGUCAUGUAUAUGGAUUACAUUGAGGAAUAAAUGCAGACCUUGUGUAUC